ACGUUACCGUCGACAUAGUAUCCGGUUAGGGAGACGGCUAGUUUCUUAGCGGAACCCUCAGACCCAGCGACUUUACUCACUUUAUACCCUAAACGACAAGACGUAUUGGGCCGGACAGCUUCUCUUUUCAACAAUGGGCACUCUUGUUGUUAACGCGUUUAGUAUUUCGGACCUGUCUGUUGUCGUUAGCACUGUUCUUUAUUAGCACUGCUAGCUAAUUAAGCUCUGACAAGUGCUCGGCUGCUGACGAAAGACGAAAACUGUCAAGCGGAGGAAAUAAUUAACCUGUUUCCACCGUGAGCUAACUAGCAGACGAUGGAAACUUGUACCGCUGGGCGUCCCGUGUGUUACUUGGUUUGUGUUUUUGGAUAACUUGAUCGACGUUGUCUGGAAUAAGUAAGGCUUAACCUGUUGUAAGGAUACUAAGCGGUACGCAUCUGUGUGUUAAAUCGGCGUUUCUGCUUUGUGAUCGGCACGUUUGGUUGUCUGGACCUGAGCGGGUUCGCCUGAAUGCGGUGUGUAAAAGUGGGUAUUUCACGUGGCAGCGCGUGUCGUGGGCUCAGGUGAAAGCUGGGAAAGGUAAACAGGACCUACGUCUCCCAUCUACUUCCUGCUGCUUUCUCUCUGGCAUCUGGUUACUUGAAGGAAACAACAUUCCUCCCCAGCCGAUCCGCUGGCAGCUUUAGUCCUCUGGGGUAGAACAUUAAAAAUAAUAAGUAUGAGGAAACUGGAGUGUGUAGCUUGUUCGUUGUGGCGGUGUCGGUUCGGAUCGGGGCGGAUGUACUGACUAGACAUCUGAGCUAAGCUGCAGCUCUUCACUGCUGCCAUCACCGCCAACAUGCCGCCUGCUCUGUGCCUGUUGAUGCUCCUGGGAGCGUUAUGCCGUCCUGCAGAGGCUAUGUCCCGGCAGGAGAAGCAAAAGUUGAGGAACCAAGUGGUAGAGAUGUUUGACCAUGCGUAUCAGAAUUACAUGGACCACGCAUACCCAGCGGACGAGCUGAUGCCUCUGACUUGCAGAGGGAGGGUGCGGGGGCUUGAACCCAGUCGAGGAGACGUGGACGAUGCACUUGGGAAGUUUUCUUUGACCCUCAUUGACACGUUGGACACUUUGGUGCUGCUGAACAAGACGACAGAGUUCGAAGCUGCUGUGAGGAGAGUCCUCUCAGACGUGCGGCUGGAUAACGACAUCGUGGUGUCGGUCUUUGAAACCAACAUUCGAGUCCUUGGGGGUCUUCUUGGGGGUCACUCCAUGGCUGUGAUGCUGAAGGAAGGAGGACGGCACAUGCAGUGGUACCAAGACGAGCUCCUGCAUAUGGCCAAAGACUUGGGACUCCGGCUGCUGCCAGCCUUCAACACCAGCAGCGGCCUGCCUUAUCCCAGGAUAAACUUGAAACACGGCGUCAGGGGUCCGGAGACCAGAACCGGUACGGAAACGGACACCUGCACGGCGUGCGCCGGCACCAUGAUCCUGGAGUUUGCUGCCUUAAGCCGCUUCACUGGGGACCCUGUGUUUGAGGACCAUGCUCGGAGAGCCCUGGACUUUCUGUGGGAGAAGAGACAGAGAAACAGCAACCUGGUGGGAACCACCAUCAACAUCCACUCAGGAGAGUGGGUCAGAAGAGACAGCGGCGUCGGAGCUGGAAUAGACUCAUACUAUGAAUACCUGCUAAAGGCCUACAUCCUCCUGGGAGAUGACCUGUUUCUGCAGCGCUUUAAUAUUCACUAUGCAUCCAUUAUGAAGUACAUCAGCCAGCCUCCUCUGCUGCUGGACGUCCACAUCCACAAACCGCUGCUUCCUGCUCGCACCUGGAUGGACUCUCUGCUGGCCUUCUUUCCCGGACUGCAGGUGCUGAAGGGAGAUAUCCGGCCUGCAAUUGAGACUCAUGAGAUGUUGUACCAAGUUACUAAAAAACACAACUUCCUCCCAGAGGCCUUCACUACUGAUUUCAGGGUGCACUGGGCUCAGCACCCCCUGAGGCCAGAGUUUGCAGAGAGCACCUACUUCCUUUAUAAGGCCACAGGAGACCCGUACUACCUGGAGGCAGGUCGCACCAUCCUGGACAACCUCAACCGCUUUGCCCGGGUUCCUUGUGGAUUUGCUGCGAUGAAGGACGUACGCACUGGAAGCCACGAAGACCGAAUGGACUCGUUUUUCCUUGCCGAGAUGUUUAAAUACCUCUUCCUGCUCUUUGCUGAGGCAGAAGACAUUCCCUUUGAUGUGGAAGACUACAUCUUCACAACCGAGGCACACCUGCUCCCGCUGUCUCUCUCCAUGGCGCCUAACUCCUCAUCCAUUCCCUCCAACAGAACGAGUGACGAGGAGAUGGACGACUCCAACUUUGACUGGACGUGUCCCAACACCCGGCUCCUGUUUCCCGACCCCGCCUUUCCCCGCAGCCUGAGAGAGCCGAUCCGGAGCGCCGUAGACAAGAGCUGUCCCCGUCCCGCCCCGUACAGGGAGCCCGGUAUGGGCCGUCCUCCCCUGAGGGCUCAGGACUUCAUGGCGAACAACGCUGAACAUCUGGAGCUGCUCCGACGGAUGGGAGUCAGUCUCAUCCACCUGAAAGACGGCCGGGUGCAGCUGGUGCAGCAUGCCACACAGGCUGUGAGCGCAGUGGCAGCGGAGGACGGCGUGCGCUUCAUGCAGGAGAUGAUGGAGCUGUCGAGCCAGCAGCAGAAGGAGCAGCUGCCUCCCAGAGCCAUCCAGAUCGUCUCCCAUCCGUUCUUUGGCAGGGUGGUGCUGACUGCGGGACCGGCGCAGUUUGGCACAGACCUGUCCAAAAGUGCCACCGGCGUACGAGGCUUCGUCACGGUGGCCGAACCCUACAGUGGCUGCGCCGAGAUCACCAACGGCGAGUACGUGCGGGGCCACAUCGCCCUGCUGCAGCGCGGUCAGUGCAUGUUCGCCGAGAAGGCCCGCAACAUCCAGAAGGCCGGCGCCAUCGGAGGCAUAGUCAUCGACGACAACGAGGGCAGCAGCAGCGACACGGCGCCCCUGUUUCAGAUGGCCGGAGACGGGCGCAGCACGGACGACGUCACGCUGCCCCUCCUCUUCCUGUUCCAUAAGGAGGGGAACAUCCUGCUGGAGGCGCUGAAGGAGUACAGAGAGGUGGAGGUGCUGCUGAGCGACAAAGCCAGAGACAGAGCAGCUAUAUUCAAAGGUAAACCUCUUCCUGGGACCCUGAUUGAGGGCAGUGUGGCUGCCCAAGAAGAGGAGGAGGACUGUCAAACCGAGGCAACGACUCCCACUUCAUUUGAACCCGUUAGCCAGACCCAGACGAGCGCAGACGAAUCGGCUCCCGCCAUAGUUCCUCCUUCUCAGGAGGAGGCCGGUCCUGCAGAAAAACUCAGAACUGAAGAAGAAGAUGGAGCCGCAGGUCCACAGGCGGAAACGGCUCAGGACGUAGAGGAGAGAGACUCUGAGAAAACGGACGAGCCCCGAGGCAACACGGACUCGAGCAGCCAGUCAGUGGAUGAACUGCUAGCUGAUUGGAGGGAAGACUUGGAGGCUUUCAAGCAGAUGGAGAAGGAUGAGCUCUGACAGCCGUUAGACACAACGUUGCUGUUUAACUGUGGUUUUACUUCAGCGGGGGGGCGGGGGGUCUAUUUACACAGAGGGAGCUGUCGUAAAAGGUUUAUUUUACCCUCUGCGAAAGGUUUCACACGCAAAAAGCGGCCCCCUGACUGUAACCGUGGGAGCGAUUUGGUAGAUUAUGAGUAAGAGACCAGGGAUCUUACCUCACUUUCUGAAACAGUUUCUGUCAGUGUUUUUUUUUUUUUUUUUUUAAUGUCUCGGACCAGAUCGCUUGAAGCUGUAUGUAACUGUACUGUACUUUCCAGUGUUUCUCUUCCUACUCUGUUUUUUUUUUUUUUUUUUUCUUUUUAUGCAUUUCUAACCAGUUGAAUUUCCUUUCUCACUCGUAAAUCCAUCGACCAACUGAUUCUAUUUGAGUGUGCGGAUUACACGUGAUUGAAUAUAUUAUCGUUUUGGUUUCGGGCCUGAUCAUAGACAUUCAUUAGAACAAAAAGAAAGAUGAUUCAUAUUGGGGAAGAUUGGUGAGAUAGAUAUAUUUUUAUGGCAGUAUGUCUGACAAAACAUCAGUGAACUUAUUUCUGGACCAUAUGUAUGAGAAGAUAUGUAAAUAUUUAUUUGUCCAGAUAGACUGACCGAAAUUAUAGUGCUUUUUGCCCAGGCACUGAUCCCCUCCCCCCCCCCCCCCCCCCCCCCCCAAACAGCAUCGUUUGAACCACAUGCCGCGUUAAUGCGCAAACCCAGACCGCCACUGGAGGGCGCUGGCAGAACUGAUUCUGGACUCUGAAAGAAGCCAAGAUCUAUGAGCUGAAAAGAUGAGAUUCAAUAAAAACUUGUCUUAA